AUGUCAAAAGAAUUUAAUUUUGAAGAAAACCCACAUAGACGUUUUAAUCCAUUAACAAAUUCAUGGGUAUUAUGUUCACCUCAACGUGCUAAACGCCCCUGGUUAGGUCAGGUGGAAUCUAGUACUCUAGAAAUUUUACCAAGCUAUGAUCCAAAGUGUUAUUUAUGUCCAGGAAAUUCACGUGCUCAAGGUGAUCAUAAUCCUAAUUACUCAAACACAUUUUUAUUUGAUAACGAUUUUUCAGCUGUUGAAUCAAUCUCACCUGAUUAUGAAACAGAAGUUUCUGAUAAAUUUUCAUGGUUGUUAAGAACACAAAGUGUAAAAGGUCAAUGUAAAGUGAUGUGUUUUUCACCAAACCAUAAUGUAACAUUAGCAGAAAUGUCACAAGAAGAAAUUUCAAAGGUUGUUGAAACCUGGAUAGAAAUAUAUCAAGGAUUAUCAUCAAUUCCACAUAUAAAUUAUAUUCAAAUUUUUGAAAAUAAAGGUGCAAUAAUGGGAUGUUCCAAUCCACAUCCACAUUGUCAAAUAUGGAGCACUGAUUCAAUACCAUGUGAACCAACAAAAGAAUUUGAAUCAAUGACAAAUUAUUUUGAAAAAUAUCAAACAUGCUUAUUGUGCGAUUAUAUUUUAGUAGAAGAAGUUAAAGGGAAAAUACGUGUAGUUUAUGAAAACAAUUCAUUUGUUUGUUUGACACCUUAUUGGAGUGCUUGGCCAUUUGAAACUAUGAUAAUCUCAAAAUUUCAUUUAAGAAAUUUUAAUGAUUUUUCAAAACAUGAUGGAAAUUCGUUAAUAAAAGAUUUUUCAAACAUUCUACGUAUUAUUACUUGUAAAUAUGACAACUUAUUUCGGUGUAGUUUCCCUUAUUCAAUGGGCAUACAUCAAUCACAAACUGACAAUGAUGGUAAAACUCAUAUUUGUGAUUCACAUUUUCAUGUGCAUUUUUAUCCUCCAUUAAGAAGUGCUGCCAUCAAAAAAUUCAUGGUUGCAUAUGCUGAUCCUCUACGUGAUAUCACCCCAGAACAAGCUGCUGAAAGAUUAAGAAAUUGUUCCGAGAUUCAUUAUAAAGUUCAAAAAAAAAAAUAA